UCUCUUUCCGUGUCUCUCUUCUAUAAAAGAAAAUGAAAGAAGAAGGCCAUUUGUAAAGUUCAAAGAUUGCGCGUGCGCCUUUUAAAAGUCUCUACAGUUUCUGAGAGAGAAGCAAGCGCAACGUUAUAAUUUAUACAUCAUCAAAAGUAACGAAGAACAAACAGAGGAAAGAAAUAAAGAAAGAAACAUAAAUGGAUAGUUUGUAUUUGAAGACAGGAAUUGGGAUCCAUCAUCAUGGGACGAUCUCUGCAACUGGGGAGCUCCGAACGACGCCGUCUCAGGUGAGCGCUAAGCCUCAGCAGAAAACGGCACCGUUUUUGAGGUUUCCUUUCGCGUACCCUCUGAAGUCUCUGUCUUUGUGGCCUGGUAAUAAGAAUAGAGGUGGAGAUGGUGGUGGUGGUGGCGGUAGGCACAAUGGGUUGGCCUUAGACGACGCCGUUUUGGUUGACAACAACAAGACCAAUAACGUUGUUGUUAGCGAUGAAAUAGUGGUGGAGCAGGAAGAGGAAGAGGAGGAGGAGGAGGAUUUUCAUAAGAGGGAAAAAAGUGAGAACUGGGUUUUGAAGAUUUUACAUGUUAGAUCGCUGUCGAAGGAGAGGGCUGAAGCUGGGCUUGUGUGGGAGGUAGAGAAAGAAGAGAAGGUGGAACAAGAGGGUGUGGCAAUUGGUGAAGACGAAGAAGAAGAAGAUUGUGAGCUUUGUAGUGUUGCUGAUCAUGAUGAUGAAAAACAGGUUGGUUUUGAUAGAGAUUCGUUUUCGAGAUUGCUAAGGAGGGUGUCUUUGGCAGAGGCUAGGUUGUAUGCUAAAAUGUCGUAUUUGGGAAACUUGGCCUAUUCCAUUCCCAAAAUCAAGCCAGGAAAUCUCUUGAAAUAUCAUGGUUUGCGUUUUGUAAUGUCAUCAAUUGAGAAGAAGGAAUUGGCAGCACAAGCUGAGAAAAAUCAGGUAUCAACUGAAAGCCCAGAAGCAGAAAGUGAUUCAAAAGAUGAGGCAGAAGGCAAGGAGCAGAAGGAAGAAGGGUAUCGGAUAAGUGCAUCUGCUGCAUAUCAAAUUGCUGCCUCUGCUGCUUCCUAUCUGCAUUCUCAUACAAAGAGCAUACUUCCAUUCAAGUCCUCAAAAACCGAGGCUGGUGAACCUGAAGAAAGUGGCAGUAGGGAUGGUGGUGCUAAUAUGAUGAACUCAGAAAUGGCUUCUUUCAUGGCAACUACGGACUCAGUGACAGCCGUGGUUGCUGCAAAGGAGGAAGUGAAGCAGGCUGUUGCGGAUGAUUUGAACUCAAUGCGUUCAUCACCCUGUGAGUGGUUCAUAUGUGAUGAAGAUCAGACUGGUACAAGAUACUUUGUCAUUCAGGGGUCAGAAUCACUAGCAUCUUGGCAAGCAAAUUUACUUUUUGAACCCGUUCAAUUUGAGGAACUAGAUGUGGUUGUGCACAGAGGUAUUUAUGAAGCUGCAAAAGGUAUCUAUCAACAGAUGUUGCCAGAGAUCCAUGCACACUUAAAAUCUCGUGGAGACAAAGCUACCUUCCGUUUCACUGGACACUCUCUUGGGGGAAGCUUGGCACUACUUGUAAAUCUCAUGUUGCUGAUACGGUGUGAAGUGCCAAUCUCAUCCUUACUUCCUGUUAUCACAUUUGGUGCACCAUCUAUCAUGUGUGGAGGUGACCGUUUGCUUCGCAAGCUUGGAUUGCCACGGAAUCAUGUUCAAUCGAUCACAAUGCACAGAGACAUUGUACCCCGGGCUUUCUCAUGCAAUUAUCCUAAUCACGUUGCGGAGCUUCUCAAGGCUGUCAAUGGGAACUUCCGCAAUCAUCCUUGUCUCAAUAACCAGAAACUUCUCUUUGCUCCAAUGGGGGAGAUUCUAAUUCUACAGCCGGAUGAGAAAUUCUCUCCUAACCAUCAUCUCCUUCCUUCAGGCACUGGUCUAUACCUUCUAAGUUGCCCAUUGUCAGAUAGCAAUGAUGCAGAGAAGCAGCUCCAGGCUGCCCAAAUGGUGUUCUUUAACUCACCACACCCACUUGAGAUCCUAAGAGAUCGUUCUGCAUAUGGUUCUGAAGGAACCAUCCAAAGAGAUCAUGACAUGAACUCUUACAUGAAAUCUGUCAGGGGUGUGAUUCGCCAAGAGCUUAACCGCAUCAGGAAGGCCAGGAGAGAGAAACGCCGCAAAGUUUGGUGGCCCCUUGUGGCACCCCGUGGUGUCAAUGCUGGUAUAGUUGUGGGGAAGCCCAUGAUAUCAAUCAACAUAGGCCAAGACCGGGUCAAUUUCUCUGGCAUCUUACAUACAGGUAGAGAAUCCUUGAAACGUUUCAGUAGGCUGGUUGCAUCACUGCACAUGCAUUUGUUUGUUGUGCUCUUGUUCCCAGCUCGAUUGUUACUCUUAGGGGCAUACAGCGUGUUCAAUUUUCAUUGACCAUUUCUAUUUAGGCUUUGGUACAUGACGUUCCAUUUUAUUUGCUGGGAUAGCACAUAGUUGUAUAGGUGGAGGGCACAUGGCUAUCAGGGUGGUUAGAUUGAUUCUUUUAUUCAUUGGUUCUAAAAGCUCAAAGCAAUGCAAAUUGUAUUUUUUUAGAUGGGGGAUAUCCAAACGGCAUGUAAACAACACUUAAAAAUUGAAAUAUCAGUGGUUACAAUUUACAAAUGAAA